AUGACUGACUACAAAGCAAUCGCUGAUGGAGUCAUCGAAAAACUCUUUGAGUUUGAAAAAGCAACAGACUGGACUAAAGCAAAAGAAACGAGAGAAAUAACAACUUUCUACAAACAUUCACCCGAACUCGAUGGUCGAAUGUUCAAGAUGGAAUUUGUGAUAGACGCGCCAGCAGAAAAGGUUGUCGACGUCAUAAUGGACAUUGAAAAGCACCAGAAGUGGAAUUCUUCAAUUGAAACGCUCUCAACCAUAGAACAAAUCAAUGAGGUACUGUUUACUCUUCAUAAUAACGUAAGUGUUGAUCACCCAGCAUGCCCACCUGUUAAGAAGUAUGUCCGUGCUCGAAACUACCCAUCUGGUCAUUUGCUAUAUAAAGGAGACCCUAACAAGACACGACUGGUUAACAUCAACCAGAGUGAAAUGCACCUGUCUCCAAAAGCACUGGUUGAACGAUUGAUACCUUUCCUGGUACCAGUUUACUUUAACGAUCUUUCCAAGGGCGUUAAAGAGUUAUAA